AUGCUAGCUACCAACUAUCUCGGCCCAGUCCUGCUCACACUCCACCUGCUGCCCCUCAUGGGGAGAAGAGCACCCUCCUUACAAGCACAUGGGGCAUGUGGGGAGGCGGAGGAGAGACUAAAGUGCCGCAUAGUCAAUGUGACUUCCUUCACACACCGAUCAGUGCGCCAGCUGUACGUGUCUGACGUGGCAUCUCUAGCAGCGGGCGCUGCUGCUCCUGCCAGCUCACCCCCGCCUCUGUUCUACCCUGCAGCCAGCAUCUACCAGGCCUCUAAAUGUAUCCCAAUAGACCCCGGCAUGGUGCGCACUGCAGUACUAAGGGAGCUGCCCUCCUUCCUAGCAGCCACAGUCAACAACAUCUUCUCCCUCCUCGGCCUCUGUUUGCUCCCCCGCGCCCUCGUCCCUCUCUUCCUCCGCGCCUGCACUGCCCCUCCGGAGCAAGUAGCAGGGAAGUACCUGUUUGGAACCCAAGCAACCCCGCUUUUGCCCUCCCGACUUGCUCGUGACACAUCUCUCUCCAACACGCUCUGGCGAACCACUCAAGACCUUCUCACCCAAUGGGUUUCCAGAUAA